AUGGAUCAAUUAAAUUAUCCAACAGAUUUGAUUGUUAACCAACAAAGUCAUUCGAUCAUCAUUGCUGAUAAAGGGAACAAACGAGUGGUUCAAUGGUUAAAUCAAAAGCAACAAAUUCUCAUUAACAAUAUUGACUGUUUGGGCUUAGCAGUGGAUAAAUAUGGAUUUCUUUAUGUUAACGAUUGGAAGAACAAUGAAGUGAGACGAUGGAAAAUGGGUGAAUACAACAAUGAUGGAGUUGUAGUGGCAGGUGGAAAUGGACAAGGAAAUCAACUUAAUCAACUCAAUUAUCCUACUUUUAUUUUUGUUGAUGAAGAUCAAACUGUUUAUGUAUCAGAUCAAAAGAAUCAUCGUGUGAUGAAAUGGAGAAAAGGUGCAAAAGAAGGAGCAGUUGUGGCUGGCGGAAAUGGUAAAGGAAGAAUUCUUAAUCAAUUGUGUUCACCUCAAGGAAUAUUUGUUGAUGAUUUGGGUCAAAUCUAUGUGGCAGAUAGUGGGAAUCAUCGAGUGAUACGUUGGUGUGAAGAAGAAGAAGAAGGUGAAAUUGUUGUUGGUGGAAAUGGUCAAGUAAAUCAAUUGAAUAGUCCCAUGGGUUUAUCGUUUGACGAUGACGGAAAUCUUUAUGUUGCUAAUUAUUCGAAUGAACGAAUUACAAAAUUUGAAAUAGUUUUGUGA